UACUCAUUGUCAGGAGGGAAUAAUCAAACAUUCACUGUGUGUUGUUUAUUCAGUUAACACACUAAACGUCGAAAGCACAUAUACAUCUAAAGGCACACUUAGGGAGGAGUUUUAUAGAAACAUCCUGAGUUGGUGACUGGACUGUGAGAUAUUAUGAUAAGGAAGAACACUAAAGAGAAGAAGUCCAGCAGUCACAAAGAAUCAAGGAACUCUGUAGAUGGCUGACGGUCUCUCCACCUUGUGAUUUCUGGAGCCUUCCUGUACUAUGCUCAGUCUCAUCAAGCUACCUCAAGUGUUCACCAUCAACCAAGUUCCAAAAGUCUUCCAUGAGGAUGGCAUAAUUUCAGGGUAUCGCCACCCAUGCAGCUCUGCCAAAGACUGCGUGCUUAGUCUUUUCCAGCUAACAAAUGAAACCCUCAAUAUUUGGACUCAUUUUCUGCCUACAUGCUGUGCUCAUACCUUCAGUACCAUGUCAGAACGAGCCAGGCACAUCUGCUUCUUCUUUGAUUAUGGAGCACUCAGCUUCUACAUCCUUGCAGGGUCUGCCAUCACCUACUCUUACUCAUUUCCAGAUAAAUGGGUUAAUAGCACAUUUCACAAAUAUUAUGUUCCUAUAGCUGUUGUCAACUCUGUAAUCUCCACUGCACUGGCCUGCUACUCAAGGUGUUCUGGGAAAUUAAAUCAGAAACUCUGUAAAUGUCUAUGGAUAAUCGCCUUUAUCUAUCCAUAUCUCUUUGACAACAUCCCUCUCUUUUAUAGAAUCUUUGUGUGCAAUGGUGAGGGUUGCACUGUUAAUGAGGCCAGUACUGUUCACUGUCAGCACACGUCAUUGGCUGUCCUCACUGGCUUUCUUUUUGCCACACACCUGCCUGAACGCUUGGCUCCUGGCAGUUUUGACUACAUAGGCCACAGUCAUCAGCUUUUCCACGUAUUCGCUAUUAUUGGCACACAUUUCCAGAUGACUGCCAUUGAACUUGACAUGGCUACAUGAAAGCAGUGGCUUCAUGCUCAUUUGCCACCAGUCACCCUUUCAAACACUGUGGGAGCCGCAUUCUUUAGUGUGGUCAGCGGCCUUUGUAUAGUAUAUGUCUUCAGUCUGGGACUUUUCUCUACUGGAGGUGUGAAGGACAAAUUAAUUUGAAUUGUGACAUUUGAUAAGCUUACUCAGGGCAGCUAAGUUAGUUACCCUUAAACCUGAGUAAAUAUAUGUUGUAUAUAUUGUAGCCAUGUGUUCAAUGGAAAAAAUUUCAUGAAUAG